AUGGUUAAACAGCCUUAUCGAGGUGUUAGACCUCGGCCAUUGAAGUUAAACCGUAUUGGUAGAUCUGCUUUUGAUGAUAUCCAUCUGCUUGGAGGCAUUGGGCAUAAAUGGCGUAUUGGUGGGGAUAGUGGCAAUCCUGUGAAUUCGGGUUCGAAAUCUGGUUAUUCCUCUGAUCCGGAAUCAGAGAGUUCACGUUCAUCAUGGCCGUACUUCAAUAGGUCCUUGUUCAAAGUUUCAAGUCCUACAGCUGCUUUGAAUAUGAUUCCAAAAUGGAUGAAAGCUGUAAAACUAUCAGUUCCCUCAUCAUCAAGGGCCUAUGGCUGGUGGCAUACAUCAAACUGGCAUCCCUUGUUGAAUCACAAACCGCAUGCAAGUCAUAGCAUGCCUGAUCCCAUAUUUGAAAGUGUCUGGUCUUGUAAAAAGCCGCAGGUGACUUAUCAUGAAUUCAAGUAUCAUCCGCGAACUGGAGGUAAAGGACGCAGUGCAAUAUGGUUAAAGUAUAAUAUCAGUAACGAAAGCAGCUUGCGUAAUUUACGAGAGGAAGAAGAGCGGUAUCAAAAAGAGCAAGAGUCGACUAGCAACGAAACUGACUACGAUGCAAUUGAUCUCAUAUCUUUGAAAAAGAAAGUGAGGACAGAUGAGAGUCAGAAUGCUGCCUACAGUGUCGAGCCAGUUGAUACCAUUAAUGCAUCAGAGACACCUCUAUCCACGAGAGGUGGUGGUAGCAGGAAAGCUGAAAUGGCCUCUGGAGAAUCCUCUAAAAGUGGCGGUGGUCUUGGAUCAGGCGACAACUCGGGUGGAGAUGGCAGGGGUAAGAAACAACCACCUCCUGUUACUCUACAAUCAGAUCCAACAGCUCAGUUGUCUAAAAAGCAGCGCAAAAGGGCAAGAGCUGCAGCGGCCGCAGCACAAGCUAGUAACAACUUUACUGCCAAAGAUAUUGACGAAACUUUGGAGGCGUCUACCGACGAGUUAUAUCAGACUGGUGCUGAUGUUGAGUCUAAGCCUCUGUCACAGCUCCGUAAGCCUAUUCAGGUUCCAACCGAAUCCAUGGAACAACCAGAAGUUAGCAGCUGGUCGUCGGAGUCUGUCCCUGUCGAACCUCUAGCAAAUGAGACUGUUAACAAUGGUGUUGAAACUGAUGCCCUGUCAAGUGAUUCGAUUAAUCCCAUCACAUCUUCAACUGUAUCCGAUCCUCUCCAUGAUAAUUCUUCUGCAUCUGACAGAUUAUCGACCGGUCAGGUCUAUGACAGUACUACUCUAUCAGAAUCCGAAUCCAAUGAAUCACCGGAAAUUUCUAGCAAAGUUGACGAAGAUGAAACAAGCCAUGUAUCGACCAAUGGUACCACUGGCUUUCCUCUCCAUACCGCAUCUGUUGACGCUACUGAAAAUAUCACACUUCCCACUGAGCCGGUCUCUCCAGUCGAACACAAAUCGGAAUCAACUGGUGGCUUUGAUUUACAUGCCAAUGCAUACCCAGUUGACAAUGAGAAAAAUAUCCAUGAUACAUUUUCACCCUUGAGUGGUCCCGAUUCACAGCCAAGCGGUCCUCAUCGAAUUGACACUGUGACUGCUGGAGAUCUCUUGGAAGGUCUUCAAUUGAAAGGAAAAUACAAAGAUUCUACGAAGGACUUUGAACGACUGCUUUCUUUAGUGGAAACUGAAAAGCAUGAUUCCGAGAAGAGAAAGUCAUUUACAAAUCCUGUUAGAAUCACACGUGAAGGUGAGUCGCCAUCAGAUGUUGAAAAUCUAUUUAAUGAGCCUAAGCCUAUAUCAACAUUUGCUCCUCCUCUUGAAAUGCAGGAUAUUCAUCACCUCCAGGAUGCUUUGAAAGAAGCCAAGGCUGACGAAGAGAAGCAUGCACAAGAGAUGUUUAGAAUUGAGAACGCUAUGGAUUAUACCAAAUCAGUCUCUUCUAAACGACCAAGAUCUAUCGAAUCCGGAAAUUUCUUUACCCCUGUGAAUCGAACCAUAGCAAGUGCUACUCAUCGUAAACCCGGGGCGGCAUACGAAUACAUCAUUGUGACACCCAACCAGAAAUUCAUUCGAACCCGCACCCUUCCAUUCAAAGAUGACAAUCCUCGUCGAGACUUAUUUUCAGCACUCUCAGAAAUGUCUGAUCCUGCAUUGUAUGUCAAGACCAUAGCAAAACUUGAGAAAGCGAAUUGGAAAUGUAUUGGUGGUGGUGGACCUGGACGUCUACUUGUGUUUGAGCGUGAGUACAAUCCAAUCAAACGUUUCUCUAAGCUUCUAUUGAAAUUGACUGGAUCGUUUCUUGGACUGGUAUCAUUGGCGGCCGCUGUUGCAGUCAUGAUCGAGAGUCCUUUUUAA